CACGUAGUGCCUGGUCACGAGCAGAUAAACCGGUGAUGGAGAUUGGCGAUCUCAGUGAAAAGGAAUCAAUGGAUUAUCUAGUCAACAAGCACAAGAUCAACUCUGUAGAAGCAAAAAGAUUAUAUCAAUUGGUUGGUGGGCGCAUUGUUGAUCUAAAAUCUGUUGCGGACAAGUCUCUAGCUGGACAAUCUCUCGAAGUCAUUAAACAGCAAGUCUUUGGUACAGUCUAUGAUAAUCUUGAAACGGUAGGAAUGAAUCCAGGUCAACCAAAUCACGAGGCGGCAAAAAUUAUCAUCAGAACUUUGUUAAAUUCUAAUUAUUUGCUUCAUAUUAGCAUGCUUCGAAAAAUGACCAAAGUGGAACCAAGCAAGUUAUUGGAGG